AGGACGAUCGCACGCACAACACGGAUCGCAGUGGCACUCGCUCAGUACAUCACGUGUUACAGAGUACAGAGCAUGUGCAUACAAUAACAUUAUAAUUAUUUUUGUGUUAUAUUGUGUUGACGGCAUGAGACCGGUGUGUUUAUAAUACGUUGAUAUGACUAUGCUGGCGAUGAGGUCUGAGAGGCGAGAUGACGAGGAGGUGGAGGUGGAGACGAACGAGGUGGACGUGGUCGGUGUGGAGGAGGCAGCGCCGGUGGACCUCACGAGGCGGCUGGGCCUCACGAGGCCCGAGAGGCCUGCGAUCGCCUUCUCCGUAGAAAAUAUCCUCGACCCGACCAAGUUCACGGGAAGGUCUGAAAUGCUUCGUUAUGAUGAAGCCUAUUGGAGACCGCAUUACGACAGAGACGACAGCGACUCCGUCAAAGAUCACCUCCAACACUCAGAUAUAGAAGCUGAUGAUGUGGAAACAGACGAUCAGACUUCAAACAUGGAUGAUGAGAUCUUAACACAAUCAGAUUUAGACGAAAAUGGUGACCCAAAGAGCCCCACCAGCUCUAAGAAAGGGAAGAAUGGUUCGUCCAGAGAUCAGAAGGGAGGGACCAAGCCGAGACGAGCCAGAACAGCGUUCACGUACGAACAGCUGGUGUCUUUGGAGAAUAAAUUUAAGACUACUAGAUAUCUCUCCGUGUGCGAGCGACUUAAUCUCGCUUUGAGCCUCAGUUUAACAGAGACCCAGGUCAAGAUCUGGUUUCAAAAUCGUCGUACGAAAUGGAAAAAGCAGAACCCGGGUAUGGACGUGAAUAGUCCGACGGUGCCCCCUCCGCCGGCGGGGGCCUUUCCGUCGGGAGCUUAUCCGGGGGGCCUUCUAUACUCCCACGGGGUUCCAUACCCCUUCACCGGGCCGGGGCCCUACGCCCCUUACUUCCACCAUCUGGCUGCGAACCACCACCACAGCCACGGCUCCUUGGGACAUUCCCAUACGUGAUUAUGGCAACGGCCGGGGUCCACAGACCCGAGGGUCGACAAAGAUAACGAUGGACUGUCGAAUCAGUGACCGCGUUUUGUGACUAGCGUCAUUUCAAAGCGUUUUUUGAGGGCUUGAAGCGCUAACAACAACUCGUAUGAAGAAACAACGACAUGAAGCUAACCGCUCUAUUAAUAAGUGAUUGUGCCAAAUUGUGAAUAUUUCUUUCAUUAGUUGUAACAUAAGAGUAAUGACGGACAAUAGUUAUUUUUAAUCUACACCGGAACAUUUCAAGUCUAGAAUAUGUAUCAACGUGAUGCUUUUACCAAAUAUUUCCUGAUUAUAUUUAAGUCGUUUUAUAUUUAGUGCAAUUCUAACAUUAAUUUAAUAAAGAAUCGAUUGUGAUAUAUUGUAAGAUCUUAUUUCUUUUGUACUCUCUUCUAAGCAUAAUUUUAAACCACAUAAUAAUUUUUUUUAAGUCAUCAAAAGCAUUUUAAAGGACAAUAUCUUUAGUUUUUUUUUCUUCUAAUUUUGGAAGUGUCAUCGUAGUAUCUGCUAUACAUACUUUUGUAAAUUAACUUUUUAUGUAAUAUAUAUGUUAUAUGUAUAAUAAAAGCUCAACGCUGUAUAUAGCCGGUUUAAUUUUAAGCUCGAUGUUGAUCAUAAAUAGUUCCCAGUUGA